CUGUGCCGUCCCUUUACGCGGAGAGCAAUACGCAUCAGUGGACUAUAGAGUGAGGACCCCGCACAACGCCGCACGCUUCCGUCCCUACAAACCUUUAUCGACAGGUCCAUCCGGGGCUGCUUUGGACUUAAGGGCAUCCCCUGCGUUUCCCGAUAAGUCUGGACAACUACUCAUCUCCCUCCAACCCUGCCUUUUUCUUCCAAAUCCUUGGAUCUAUAGCUCUCGAAAACGCGCGCGCUCCUCUGCUUUAAAAUGCAAGCCGGACGCAAAUCGUGUUGGAGGCAAUUGCAGGCGUCUUUUUUCAGACUGCUAUGUCUUAUCCCCACAGGAUUCCCCGUCCGGAGUGUGGAUAUGCAGCGGGCCACUGACAACAUCACCAUCCGCCAGGGCGAUACGGCGAUCAUAAGGUGUUACGUUGAUGACAAAGUGUCCAAGGUGGCCUGGCUCAAUCGAUCCAACAUCAUCUUUGCCGGCCAGGACAAAUGGUCCCUGGACCCCAGAGUCGAUCUGGUCACUAAAGGACAGCUGGAGUACAGCCUGCGCAUACAGAAGGUUGACGUCUACGAUGAGGGCUCAUACACCUGCUCCAUACAGACCAAGCAGCAGCCCAAGACCUCACAGGUCUACCUCAUCGUACAAGUUCCUGCCAACAUCUACAAAGUGUCAGAGGACAUCAUCGUGAAUGAGGGCAGUAAUGUGACACUCAGUUGUUUGGCCAGUGGCAGACCAGACCCUGCAAUCAACUGGCGGCUGCUCAACCCUUCAGCAGAGCCGCUGGAUGGAGAAGAGUACCUGGACAUUAUAGGUAUCAUGCGAAACCAGGCGGGUCGUUACGAAUGCAAGGCCAGCAACGACGUCGCCACGCCGGAUGUCAAAUACGUCAAUGUGGUUGUGAACUAUCCUCCGACAAUAAAGAAAACCCAGAGCUCAGAGACUCAGGUGGGACGCAUGGGGACGCUGCAGUGUGACGCCACCGCCGUGCCCACACCAGAGUUCGAAUGGUACAGGGACGAAAAAAGGCUGUCCAAUGCCCAGGGCAUCAAUAUCCAAAUCCUUGGCACCACCACGAUUCUAAUGCUUGCCAAUGUCACCGAAGAGGAUUAUGGGAACUAUACCUGUGUGGCCUCAAACCGACUGGGCGUCCAGAAUGCCAGCCUUUUCCUCUAUAGACCUGGGACAGGUCGAGAUAUCAAUGGCGCCGCCUGCGUAUCUCGAUCACUGUGGCUCCUGCUGGCCUCCAUCGCCUGCCUUUUCUUCAAGUGUUAAUACCACUGUCCUCCUCCUCUCCCCCAUCACUGCCUUCCUUCCUCCCUUCCUUCCUUCCUUCCUUCCUUCCUUCCUUCCUUCCUACCUUCCCUCCCUCCUCCCUUCCUUCCUUCUGUCCUCCACCGCCUCCUCCCUCUCUCCAGCUCACCGACAUCCUUACUGCUACCUUAUUACCAUCUCUACCGCCCUCCCAGACUGUUUGCAUCAAGAUAUGAAAAACCUUACAUGCUCUAAGCACUGCUUAGAGAUGUGACGAAAAGCGACCGGGGUUGUUUUCAAGAACAACGGUGACGGAAACGGUGACAUGAAGGACAGGACAAGCAAACAGUGCUCUUUUAAAGAAAUGCAUUGCUCUUUUUGAUUCGGAUGCACUUCUUUGUUUCUGCUAUAUCUCGUCUUUGGGGUCUGGGUCGGGUCUGGGAUUUCUUGUAUUUUUUGUCUUCAUGAGAAUGAAAGCAGAGGCGCUCCGCUCACAGAGAGGCCAACAAUCACUUGUCUCUAGACAUACUGAAGACAUAUAUUUCUUCUUACUCCCUUUAUGUUAAUUGUAGAUUUAACCGAGUGUUUAACCAGUGCAUUAAUGUGCGACACGCAAAGUAUCUGCCAAAUAUACAUACACUGUAGAUUUGAAACUAACAGGUGCAGAAAUCGAAGGAGCAGCUGAGUCUGCAAUGAGAUUAAGUAUUGAUAUUAAAGUCUGUACAACCGUAAUCUGAAGCUACGAAAGCGAAACACAGAUAAACAGCAGUCACUAAAGUUUUUUCUAGAUGCAGCCGUCACUUGGGUUGUCGCCAUCCAGCCCAGAAAUUGCAGAUGAAGCGAAUAGAUUCGAAUUGGUCCUACAGAGCUGAACCUUGUGUGGAAUGAACCUGAGGAAAUUUUGGUAUUAAUUGGUUGAUGGAUUUUUAUGUCCUCAUUCAAUGUUUUUUUAACCACUCGCCAUUACUCCAAAAAUAUUCCUCCUCAGUUUUUCAGCCGGACUCUCCCUCCAAAUAAUGAAAAACAGAGUAAGUUAUAAUGACACGUGCUGUACAUAGUAAAAUUUUGUAUUUCUCUAUGAUAAGGCAACUUGCUCUGCCACUGAAACAACAGGAAACCGAGGGGAUUGUUGAAGCCUAUGUUGCUUGAGCAACAACCCACCGGUCAUUCUGCGUGGCGGCAUUCAGCUCCACACUCUCUACCAUGAGACGUGUUUGCGCUUAGUUCAUGAGUCUUAGCAUCAUUCUCCUAUUCUGAAGGCAUUUGGAUAAAAAAAGUAUGACACCAAUGAAUGACUUACUCUUUAGUUUUUUUUUCUCUCUUUCAAAGAACUUUGUGUGUUUUAAUAUGAAAUGAUAAAGAAAAUUCAUAAUAUAUUGAUAUUGAGGUUAUUUUUUUCUGUCUUUACCUCAUCCAUUUUAGUUGUGUGUGUGUGUGUAUAUAUAUAUAUAUAUACUUGAAUCCAAUGUCCUGAGACUAUAUGAAAGUGUGUCCAUGUUUCUGAAUAGGGUAGCAAUUUGUUGCGGAUGAAUAACCUGUAGAUCUUUCGAACUGGUGACCCUGUUCUGUAACGUGAACUGAAGCCUGUUAUACAAUGAUAUUUUAAAACAAAGGUAAAAAGGAAAAAGUUUUGUGCAGCUACUUUUGCACCUAUCUUGAGAUGAUACAAGUGCUGGCUUACAGAAAUACAGGGAAUGGAAUAUUAUGUUGAACCUGUAAUGCUUGUCCAUGUACCAGGACUUAAUAUGAGAGCAGCAAAGAAAGCAAACAAUGUCUAUUCCCCUCAAUGGCCUUUGAGGCCACUGUACUGAUGGGCUCCUUCAACAAAAGAAAAAACAUUGCAUUACAUCUCUUAGAGCCAUCCUUGCUUCAAACCUUUGCCAAUACUUCAGCUGGUCAACAAAUGUAUUUCUUCAUGAACAAAGUGAGUAGUACCGGGUCGACAUUUUGUGGUACUCACAACAACAGUGCGAUUCUUCCAGGAAACAGCUCAAAGGUCGUUGCUGCUGUGAUGAGGAUUGCUGAAACUGUGCACUAUUAGCUGCCUUCUCUUUCGCCAUUUUGUUUUUUGACCCGCUGUAAAGGUGACUAAUAGCAUACGGACUCUGGCGCCCAGCUCAGUCCUCAACCUGGAUGUGUGUUCACGUCUCCGCUCCUCUAACAACCAAGCCGAGAUAGUACUAGUAUUGUAAAACACACGUGUAAUUAAUGUCAUCCUUUGUCAUCAUACAUUAAAAGACUUGUUCCCAGUGUUUUCAUUGUACAAUGCUUCUGAGACCAAGGCUGUGUGACUUUGUGGUGUUGAUAAUGCCAGUUCAUCUGUCAUCUCUAUCAGUCACAACAAAUACAGAAAGCUCCCUGUCCUCAUGCUUUCACCAUCCUGUCACAUUUAUACUUACAACAGAACAGAUCACCCUGGUGUACCUCUUCGUAUGUAGAUUAACUGGACUCCGGGUGUUUCUGUACUGCAUUGGUAUCUCUGCAGGCUACCUAUAGUAAGAAUGCUAGUUUAUCGGCUACGGCUAUCUUGCAGCAACAAGACGUGAAUGAUCUGGAAGCUGUGGCUAAACAGUUCCUCACGUCACAAUCAGUUUGCAUGAGAGCAAGUCUGCUACAUGUCUAUUCCAGUAAGUCCGUCUGUCUCAGUGUGUCUCAUUAAAAAAAAUCGAAAAGAAACACCUCAGGGCAGAGGGAGGCUGGCCUUGGGCAGACUCUCAGACAAACUCAAAUGUGGGGCCUUUCUGCUGCAGGAGAACCUGGCACACAACCAGAGAGCGGGGUCGAAUAGUCAGAUUGUGCUCAGCAUUUAUUUUAACCUGCUUGGGAUGCAUGAUGGGUAGAACUCUGCAAAUCAAGGCGGAUGGCGUGAGGAGAGAUUUAAAAAAGGGCAGUGAAUUGAUCGUUCAUUGUUUCAGCCUUGGCACCAUUCAGGUGAUUUUCAUAUUAAGGCAAAUCUUGCUAAUGUGGAUGUCCGAGUGUGUCCAUGCAGAUUAAACCAGCUCAUAAGCACUGACUAAUGUACAACAACCACUUAUAUAUAAAAGCCAUGGAGAUCGGUCUUAACCAUGAAGCAGAGAAGAGGGAGGGUUGUGUUUUCAUUGCUCAUAGAGACCAUCAGCCAGCCUACCCCCUGUAGACACACCUGAUAUCUACUGAAGACUGUAGAAGCAGCUUUAACUAUUGACCAUUGCCUCAAAAUAUAAUUGUUUCACUGUACAAAACUGGCUUAUGUGUGUUUGUGCUCAUAAGAUUCUGUUUGUUCUUAUUAACCUAACUGGGAAAGCAUACACACAUGAGGCAUGAGAUACAUGACAGAAAACAUAAUUUCUUACUUUCCACUGAGCUGUGGUUACAGCGGUGACACUCGACUUUAAAUUGAGGUUAUUUUUUUCUUUUCUUUUCCGCGAUAGUGUGUAAAUAUAGUAUGAUGUUUCUACAGUAGAAUGUUGUAAAGUCAGCAGAUCCAUAAGAUCGAGUUUAUACCAGUCAAAAUUUAAAGAUUUAAAAUGCAAAUGUAACUAUCAUGUUUAUAUUUCCCUUUGUCACAGGGAAUUAGGACUCAAUCAUGGAUGACGACACAGCAAUGUCCUGUUUCUUUUCUCUUUUAUUUUACUUGAUUAUGGCAUAAGGUAAUUGCAGUCAGUUUCUAAAAAAAUAUAUGUAAUAAAGGUGUAUGAGAAAAUGUUCAUUACACAAAAUAAAGUUUGAAUUCAGUGUUCUGUAUUUGAAUGUGGCUUGAGAUGUUUGGGGCAAGUAAGCUCUUUUUUCCCCUUUUUCUUCAGAGCUUGGAACACACAGAAACUUAAUGGCACUGUUGUGUUAAUCACCAUGUAAAAUGCUAAUAAAAACAAUAUAUGAAUUG